CCCGAACAUAAGGAACUUCGGGAGGUUGUCGUUCCUAUUGUGUGUAGCAUUCAAGAGGAGACACACAAUUAGGCCUCCUAGCUUGCCAUGUUACCUAUUAUUUCUUCUUGAAGAAUCCGCGCUUCUUCCUAACUCCCUGAUUACCGUCAUUCUCUUUUCCUCCAACACCUGUUCAAUCUCGCGUCGCAUCGCAUUCCAACAUUGAGUGAGGUGUCAGCAGCGAGCGGGAACGAAUCGCGGAUCAACACUCUCGCUUCUGUCUUGCAAACAACCGACUGCAGGCGACCAUGAGUAUUCUCGAGUCUAGAGAGCCAGGCUCUGCGCCUUCGCCCCGGAGCUUUGCCAUCGCCCACCAGCGGCCGAGGAAUAGCUUCGUGGGUUGCUCGCGGAUCACCGAUUACGAGGUGCUGAACAAGCUCGGCGAGGGCACUUUCGGUGAGGUCCACCGGGCGAGGUCAAAGAAGACCGGUGCUCUAGUUGCACUGAAGAAAAUCAUCAUGCACAACGAGAAGGAUGGCUUUCCCAUCACGGCACUCCGAGAAAUCAAGCUGCUCAAGCUCCUUUCUCACAAAAAUGUCUUGAGCCUGGAGGAUAUGGCGGUUGAGCACCCAGCAAGGAGCUCCGACAAGCGUAAGAAGCCGAUCAUGUACAUGGUCACCCCUUAUAUGGACCACGACCUCUCUGGCCUGCUUGACAACCCUUCCGUACACUUCACCGAGCCCCAGAUCAAGUGCUACAUGCUCCAACUUCUAGAAGGCCUGAAGUAUCUCCACGAAAACCACAUUCUACACAGAGACAUGAAGGCCGCCAACCUUCUAAUCAACAACAAGGGUAUUCUUCAGAUUGCGGAUUUUGGCCUCGCACGACACUACGAUGGGGAAGUGCCGAAGCCUGGCCGGGGUGGUGGUGAGGGUCGGCGAGAUUACACAAGCUUGGUUGUGACUCGCUGGUAUCGGCCCCCUGAGCUGCUGAUGCACUUGAAACGGUACACAACAGCUAUCGACAUGUGGGGCGUUGGAUGUGUAUUCGGCGAGAUGCUCGUCGGCAAGCCUAUUCUUGCCGGAGAAAGUGAUGGCCACCAGCUCGAAAUCAUUUUCGAUCUCUGUGGGACGCCCACAGAUGAGAACAUGCCCGGCUGGCGGUCCCUCCCCGGAGCAGAGGCCUUGCAAUCUCGUCCUAGACAGGGAAAUCUGUCGCAAAGGUUUCGAGAGUACGGCCCCGGCGCCGUCUCACUUCUCAAAGAACUCCUCAAACUCGACUGGCGUAGCCGCAUCAACGCCAUCGAUGCCCUCAAACAUCCGUAUUUUGCCACCCCCCCAUUACCAGCCAAACCCCACGAGCUUCCAUCAUUCGAAGAGAGCCACGAGCUUGACCGACGAAAAUUCCACGACCGAAGAGCGGCGCUGCCGCCGGCCCCGAAGGGCGGCACGGUUGGCCGGGGCCCCCACGAUGGCCCGAACGCGACGUUCAACGGCGACGGCUUUGGCGGUAGGAACGGCGUCAACGGUGGCCGCUACCCGCGGAACAGCCGUGGGCCGGAUGACCGGGUGCCGGCAUGGCACAGGGACCGGGGCUUACCCCCUCGGCCGCCGCCUCCCGCCGACGGCGACCAUCCGGACGGUUACCGCGACGUUAGAGGCGGAAGACCGCGCGGCGGCGGAGGCGGCGGUCGGCAGGACGUCGACACGUACAUCCCAAGCUACGACCGGGAUGGGCCUAGGAGGGAUGACCGGCGGCCGCCGCCGCCGCCGAGGAGGGACGAUAGGGAUGUCCGGCGGCAUGACUGGGGGGACCGGAGACGGGAUUACGACGACCGGUCGCGCAAUAGCCGGACGAGGAGCAGAAGCCGCUCGCCGAUUCGGGAUUGGGAUAGGGAUAGGGAUCGCGAGCGGGAUCGUGACCGGGACAGGGAUAGAGAUAGGGAUCGAGACCGCGACCUGUACCGCAGGUAGAAUCUGCGGGGCCUGCGGUGGUUCUAAUCGGUGGUAAUUGUCCUUUCUCCUCGGCAUACCCCUUCUUUCUUGUCCAGUCUUGAUUUGAUCUUUGAAGAGACUGCCCUCGGGCUUUUACGGUUGCAUGCGUUCGGGAGAUGGGUGUCCGACAUUAGCUGUUCGAUUGUACGUUUGACGAGACGAUGAGGUUUUGCACUGCUUAGGGCUGUGGAUUGUACGCCAUCACGGAAUCGUUUCGUUCCGGCCGCGGGCAUAAUAGGGGGUUGGUGUUCUAUUUAGGGCCCUAGCCCUCGUAUCCUACACAUCUCUGGUUAACAGGCGGG